AUUUGUUAGCGAGAAAUCAACAACUACGGAACUGUACCCACUUUGGAUGGAAGUUUGGAUGGACAGCGGGUUGGGUGGAGGUCGGGAAGUUUGGAUGGACAGCGGGUUGGGUGGAGGUCGGGAAGUUUGGAUGGACAGCGGGUUGGGUGGAGGUCGGGAAGUUUGGAUGGACAGCGGGUUGGGUGGAGGUCGGGAGGUUUGGAUGGACAGCGGGUUGGGUGGAGGUCGAGAAGUUUGGAUGGACAGCGGGUUGGGUGGAGGUCGGGAAGUUUGGA